AUGGGAGCUGUGAAACUUAUUUUAAUUUCAUUUGCAACGGCAUAUUUCGUUACAGCCGUGUGCGGAAUUGUGUGUGUGAACCGGCCGGAUGGGGUGUACGAAAUCAACUGUCGAGCGUACUCGCUGUGCGCGGGAGGGAUGAUGGAAGUGGUCAACUGCGAAUACGACCAGGCCUACAACCCGAAGUCCAAGCAGUGUGAGAGGUCAUGGACCGUACCUCCACCAUGUGGCACGUACCGGGAGUGCUCGGACAUCGCAGACGGCUUCUACCCGGAUCUGGAGACCAAGUGCUCCUCUUACUAUAUAUGUGUGAACGGUGCAUUCUUCGGACAUUCUCUCUGCCCGGGAAACCUCGUGUUUAACGUGCAACAGGGCGUGUGUGACUACAGCUACAAUGCCCCACCCCCGUGCGGCACGAACAGCACGGGUUACGUGCGGGCGGGAAACUGCACGGUACUAGGAAACGGCGUGUUCGAAGCGGGAUGUCGUUCCUACCUGGUCUGCUCCGGAGGCGGCUCUAACAUCGUUGAAUGCCCCGCACAACAGGUCUUUAACAACGCCACUUCCAAUUGUGACGAUCCAGCCAAUGUGGCCCGACCAUGUGGCCAGAUGAUCGACUGCUCGAGCCAAUCAGAUGGGCGGUACGCGGACAAAGAUAACAACUGCUUGAGCUGGUACACAUGUGAGGAUAAAAAGUUCCUUGGGCACAACUUCUGCCCUGCAGGUACAGUGUUUGACGAGGGCCUGGCCACAUGCAACUGGGCGAAUGCUGUAGCCCCACCCUGCGGAACCAUGAGCGGAUAA